AAAUUGGCCUGGUGGCUUCCUUGAAGCUGUGAAGAGGUGCUCUCUAGGGGGUCUACAGAGGUGGGUGGAAAUCAGGUGCCCACACCUAUCUGGAAUCCCAAAAGUUCUAUGACAGGUUGGUCUUGAAUAGGUCGGAAGAAAGACCUCUGAAGCAAGAAAGAAAGCAGAGGGACAAGUGAUGGAGGGAUCCUGGACUGUGACCAGUCCCUGAGACACAAACGUCUCCAGAGUUGUGCCCACCUCUCUUGAACAGCACCUUGCUGUAUUUCUGAGACAGUGUUUCGAUAAACAGGCUAGGAGAUGAGUCUUGGGAAGCUGCCGGUGAUUGGUUGGGUGUCUGGCUCCCACAGCAAGCGCCGUCUCAAAGUGGAGCUGACGCCGGACAUGAUCAGCCCACCACUGGGGGACUUCCGCCAUACCAUGCAUGUGGGUCGUGGCGGCGAUGCCUUUGGGGAUACUUCCUUCCUCAGGAACCAUGGCGGCGAGGAAGCCAAGCCCAACAACUUCUUUGCUCGGACACUGUGGCACGUGAGGAGGAGCCCGCUAAGGAGCCGAGGAAGCAGGAACAAGGACGAGGCCUCUCCUACGCCCCCUGCCAUCUCGCCCAUCAUCAAGAAUGCCGUAUCACUGCCGCAGCUCAAUGAAGGAAGCUACGGGAGCGAUGGCUUUGGAGUACCCUUUGCCUUCAAGAGCACUCCCAACAGCUUCUCUGGCUAUGGAGUGGAAUCUGGAUUCUGCACCAUCCCUCGCGUUCCUCGCUCAGAGAAGACCCAGGAAAGCUCCCACCGUGCCGAAUCAGCGCUGAAUCGCUCAGACUCCUUGCUGUCUUUUCGCCUUGACCUUGACCUUGGCCCCUCCCUGAUGAGUGAACUCCUCCAUGUCAUCAGCUUCCCGGGAGAUCACGGCCGCAGCAACAUGGAAGAGGAGGAAAGAGGGGAGAGCAAAAUUUCAGCCUGCAGCAACACUGCCUCACCUCUUCGCCCAGAGGACACCAGUGGGGAGGACUCAUUGCCCUGGAGACCAGGGUCUCUUCAUGCUAAAAGUGAAGAGAGCAAAAGUGCAUCAAGCUUUUGGGUUCGCUCCGAGGCCAGUUCACCACUGGUGCAAUCAGUUUGUGCCAAUGGGGAUUUUCAUUCCAGAGAGUCGUCGCAGGAAGGGUCACCCUGCUCUAGGGGAAAGAACCUUCCCUCUGAGCUGGGAGCAGUGCCAAAAGAAACCCACUGGCAAGGGCACCAGAAUGGCUGCGACAUGGAAGCAAGAGAAUUCAACCGGGCAGCCCAGGUUUUGGCUUCCUACCACAGCCUGCAGCAGCAAGAAGAACCAAGAAAUCAAGCCUCAUGGGAAAGCCCAGAUGCCAACAUGUGGCGAUUGAAGGCUGAACAGCAGGAACGCAAGGCCAGAUGGCACCACAGAGUAGAGGAGGAGGAAGACGAGGAGGAGGAGGAAGAAGAAGAAGAAGAGUUCUACAGAGAUGGAGCAAGCAUUGCUAGGGAAGGUCACAGUGAUUCCUUUGACUAUGUUGAUGAGGAGGACGAUGAAGUUAAGGUUUGAACAGCUGUAGCUGCUCUCUUGUGACCUCCCAUCACACUCCCAGGAGAGACCAGUGUUAAAGGGACCUAUGCACCUUGCAGGCCGACUGGUGUGUGAACUCACAGGGUUAGCCUUCUUUGGAGAUGUUAUAGAUGGCGAUAGGCCGGUGAAGGAGGGAGCUCAAUUAUCUGCUUUGCUCUCCUGCUCCUCCUUCCAGCUUUGGUGGUCUAAAGAAAGGGACAGAAGUAAAGCAGAACCAUACAAAGGAGAUGGCCAGCCCUUGUUGGCUCUUUCAUUGAGGUCAUGGCUCUGCGAUGCAGCCAGCAUUUACAGGUGUUAAUGAGUUCACAUUUCCCUUUAACCCCAUUGGCUGACUGAUUCUGUCACUGCAAAUUGUGCCAUGACCCCUCCAUGGCCCGGUAAAAAGAAUUUAUCCUUAAGGAAAGAGGGAAAAAACCCAAGGAGACCCUGCAGACCACUGUCAAACAAUUAUAAGAAGGAAAGUUUUUUGAAAAAUGAGCAAACCUGAGGUCUAGGUGGAACAGGAAAAGCCACAAGAUACUAGGCUUCCUUCAGUCCCAAUGCAACAUUAUUCACCUAUCAGGAGAUACUUAUGUCUUCUGCUUGAGGUAAAGAUGACAGUCACUAAUCUUCCAGUCUGAUAUUCGAACAUCAAACCAUCCAAGAUGUCCUCUCUCCUCUGCUUAUAAGGAACACCAGACUUGGAUUGGAUUUGACCUCAAACUGGCUCUUUGGUGCUCCAUCCAUUUCUUCAUUUACUGCAACCUGGAUUGGACCUGGUCUGUUUAUCCUUCCUUUUGCAUUCUAGUGAGGAAAUGUACAUUUUGGUCUUCUAUGAGGUAUCACUCUGAGCUCAUUCCAGGGAAGCCUAUCUAUGAAGUUGUUAUUCACCCUGCUUCCAGGGAUUGCACAGGAAUUCAGUUCAGGAUCCUCCAUUUUGUGGAAGUGUAGGAAUCCAAGUCACAAAAUGGGAGACAGAGGGAGGCCUCUUUUCACCCUGCUCCCUGGGUCUCCUAAAGCAGGAAUAGGGCAUAUAAGGCC